GGCCUGUCGCCUCGCGCGGCUGGUUUGAUCGUUCUGUGUGUGUGUUAGGACGAGGCAAGAUGGCGGAGUAGGGCUCCCCGGAGCAGAGCGGACCGCCAUCACUCCCGGUUGCCAUGGCUCCCUCCCAUAACGUGGUGCUGCUGGUGGACACCGCGGAGCCGGCAGCCAAACCCCGAGUCCGGCUCCUGUCCCUCCGGCUGCUCAAUUUCCUGACGUGCCGCGCCGGCCUCGGCCGGGUCCGCUGGAGUUACCGCUUCCUGAACUCGCUGGGCGGCCGCUGCCGGCCCCCGCGCCGCUCCGACCUGCGUGAGGUGGGCCCCCGGAGCUGGGGGGAGUUCGAGGAGGAGCUGGAGGCCUGCUGGGAGCGGGCCGGGCAGAGCCGGGCCUGUCACACCUCCAGCUCCCGGGCAAGCCUCACCCACACCGCCCUCAUGGACACCCUGUCCGACUUCCAAUGGGACCGGCCGGACAUCAGCUCCCCCACCAAACCCGUGCGGGCCCGGAGAGCCAGGAGAGGGCCGGCCGGGGGGGAGGCGGCUGUGGAGGCCCAGUCUGGGAGCCACGAUGGCGGUGGGAAUGCCGUGUUCCUGAUCGCUCCCUGCCCCCAUACCGCCAGCCAGCUCGGACACUUCACUACCGGCACCGGGGGGGACACUGGCGGGGGCACCGGCCUGCAGCAAGUCAUGGACAGACUCCUACCAAGGGGGCUGCAGAGCAUCAUCACCAGCAGGAGGGUCACCCUGCACUGGCUGGACACCAUGGACUGGGCACAGGUUUGGAAUUUGUCAGAGCAUUCUGGUUACUUGACAAUGGUGGAAUUAAUGCAGCUUAUUGGAGGAAGAGUUCUGCCAUCAGAAUCAUUACUACUUUCUUCAAGCCACCAACUAUCCUUUAGUCAUUUCAAUCCAACUACAAGUCUCAAUAUCCCCUGUGAUUCCAUUUUGAAUUAUGUAAUAUGCAGUGAGGCUGACCAUCGGCUGCUUUUUCCACAGCAAAAUGGUGUUGUUUUCUUCAUACCACUUGGUGUAGCUGCUGAUCGCUGGGAAUGCCCUGUCACGUUAGAACCUCUUUCCAUAAGCCAGAGACAUUCUAAGCGUUUAACUAUUCAGCUCAAAGGAAUUGUACAGCACUGGAGCCAAAAUCAGAAUAGUUCUCUUACUACAGAGACCUGGAUACUUCAAAAUUCCACUGAAGAUAUGUCAUGCUGUCACUUACCAGAGCUGCUGCGUACUCUUUUGUCUGGAAGACUACACAUGGCUGCUGAUGUAUUUACAGAUGAAGAUCUGUGCCCUAGAACAGGAGUCCUUACCCCUAUUUCACAGACAGCUGCAAUCCUUAAUGUGAUUUGCAGUGGUGAAAAAGAUGGAUUGGGCAAGUUUUGUUUACCUGAAAGUCUUGAUAACUGUGAGGAUACUUCUGACGACCUCUCUGACAUUGUAAGCAGUGCCCUCAGGAAUGUCUCUGCAUUCAGUGACCACACUUCAGUAUCUGAUCUUCCAGUACCAGAGUGGAUUAACCAAGAGCUUACUCAGAAAAGUCGAUGGAACUCUUCCAUUGUUGAAAAAUGGUAUUCCUUGUCUGGAGCCUCUGGUGUUAGCUGUUUCCUAAUGGAAUCAUUUAGGUUAAUCCAUGCAGGUGCUUGUGAUGAGGAUGAUCCAUUAACAUGUGAUCAGGAAAUCACACAUUAUCUGUCAGAUUACUAUGAGCUGAAAUCCAAUGAAGAGACGGGAAUUGCUGCACAAGGAGAAAAUCCCCAAAAACGUCUUCCAAGAACUCCAGUGCGGCAGAAAAUGAAAACCAUGCCCCGUGCUUUGCAGAUGCUUAAUGCUGCCAGGCUUAUUAAAGCUCAGAAAUCCCAGCCUGAUAAUGUUCCAGCUGUACCUAAUGAAAAGAAUUCCCAGGCAAAGAAGAGAACAUCAGACAAACAAGAUAAAGCAAAGUCCCUGAAAGUUACUGGUUUUAAAUCUGAAGAUGAACUGUUUGCCUUACUAAAUGAGGAUUAUGAGAAGGCUAUUUCUGUUCAGGAAGAUUCACUUCUAACUUGUGCCAAAAAUGCUAUAAGAACCAUCAGAUCAUACAUGAAAUCAAACCUCCCUGAACUUGUUGAGAUGGAUUGUGUGGGCAAAAUCAGACCUCUUUUGAAGACCAGCAAGACAAUUAGACAGCUUUAUGGGAAUAACCAGAAAAAAGAAACUAAACUUAGAGAAUGUCAAAUCCAAGUAUUUCUAAGGUUGGAAAUGUGUGCACAGUGUCCAGUUCUACAAACAAACACAGAUGACCUAGAGCAAACUGUUGAAGAGAUAACAGACAUGCUGCGUAUUAUCUCUUUAACAGAAGAUCCAUCGUUUCUCACAAAAUUUCUUAAUGAAAAUGUACUUGUAGAGUAUAUAACCGUGAUGCCUAAAAUCCUGGCAGAGAUCUACUUUAGUCUGGGGACACAGAUACCUGAGGAUUUGGCCUUAGUUCUUCCUGCAGAUGACGAGGACUCUAUUGUUCAUGAAGGCAUAAAGUCAGUAUAUUCUCAGCCAUCAGUCUCAAGGGUUCCCAGCAUUCCUCAACUAGUAACCGAGGAGGACCAGCUUGAAGAGCUGCGUACAAAAUCUGCCAGCAAAAGAAGUACCAUAACAAGACACAGGAGCAUUGCAGAAUCAUCCCAAGUAAUGCGUCAGAUUGAAAUUCCUAAGAAACAAACUAAUAAAGAAAACUUGUACUCCAACCCAGUUGUUAUGGUUGAGAAAUUAAAAAUGCCUGACCCAGUUAAACCAAAGAAAGACAGUGAAGCAACAAAAGCAAAGCGUACACUCUUUGAGAACAAAACACCAACAAAGAAAUGCCAUAAAAUGCCAAGAAGCCAAUCUGUAUCUGCAGUGGAGGAUCUUAAACAUAAACGCAGUAAAUCAAGUGAUGGCGUAAAAGAAAACUACAAGUUGCUGACCAAAAAAGUAUCAGAGACUCCAGUUCGUAAACAGAUAUCAAAUAGACUUCUGCAUAAGCAGAUUAAAGGACGGCAUUCUGAAUCCACAUCCAACAUCAGCAUAGUGGAGGAAUCACCAGAAAAAGAUAUAAAAGACAUUGAUGUACGAAGAAGCCCACGCAUUAAGCAGCUGGCAUUUUCACAGAGAAGCUCUUCUUUUUAUGCAUCUCAGCCAAAGUCUCGUAAUCUGGAAAGAGUCCAUUCAUUCACUCAACAACAACUUGAUGCUGAUCACACAGCAAACCGUUCUAUUUCAGAGAUCAAAUCACCUAAACUACUACUUUUUGGAGAAGUGUUAAAAAUGACUAGUCCUCCUGCAAAAAAAAUUCAUUUGGAUCGAGUAGAACGUGUUGAUUCUCAGGGUCGAGGGAAAACAAAGAGGAAUAUUUUAUCUAAAGAAAUUGAAGACCUUCCAGAAAAGGAAAGAUUGCUUCGAAAAUCCCCACGCACACCCAAAACGCCCAUUAGGAUUUCAGAUAGGCUAAAAACUCCUUCCAAGAGUACAUCAGAGAGAAAGAAAGCUGCAAAAAAUUUAGGUAAAAUGUUUUCGCCCAGUAAAGUAAAUGAACCCCCUCCUUCUAGGUCUUGUGGAAAAAGUGACAUCUUGGCACACGUGACACCUAAAAAAUCUGUUUCACAAAAUAACUUAUUUGUCUCUCCAUUAAGGAAUAAGAGGGAGCAAGCUAUAUCUCAAAGAGAGGACAUCCCUCAAUUUCCUGUUUCUAAAAGGAUACUUAGGACUCCUACAAAAAGUUCAAAUAGUGCAAUGCUGCAAUAUGUUUCAGGCACACCUACCAAAUCCCCUUACAAGUUGCUGGAAUCUGUGGCUCCAUUUUCCACUCCAAAUAGGUAUGUUUUUAGAACUCCACAGAAACCUAUUGUGGGUUCUGUAUCUCGAACACCUACACAAAAAGAGGAGAUUUGUACUCGUACGUUACAUUGUGCAAAUGAAUGUACUCCUGAAAAGCAAAUUCUACUUUCUCCUGCAAAACGUAUUUCUGCACAAUGGUCCAAAUCACCUCAUGGCAUGUCCAAGAGAAUAUAUGCCAAUUCUCCUUCACACAAACAUUCUUUGGAAAACAAUUCAAUUUUUCUUUGUGAUCAAACACAGAAAACAUCAUCACAACAUAUAAAACCUAGUUGUACCCCAAAAUUUACAAGUGCACUUGAACCCCCCUCAAAGUCAACUGAUGGACAUCCAUAUACCAAAGCAGAAGAAAGUUCUAAAGCACUGUCAAAUGUUUCAGUGCAUAUUCAGCAAGGAGCUUUUGAUGGGGAUAUUGAUUCUUGCCAAACUUCUACCCUUUCUAAGGAAUUUAUUUCACCAACUGCUCCUUCCAUUACAAAAGAUAUAUCAUCUCCGUACUUGAAAACCACUUUACUAUCCAACCAUUGUUCAACCAAAUGUAGAAUUGAACCUGUUGUGUUAUGUGAGAAGCUGGACCUUUCUACCUUAGAUAGCACCAAUUCAGAAUCAUAUCUUAGUGGUUCCCAAACUGAAGAAAGCAUUGAUAUAGCUGAUGCUGUUGUUGUGCCAACAGAAACAUCUGAACUUAAGAUGAAAGUUCUCUUUACUCGAAAAUCUUCUAACUCUGGUUUACAGAAUAGCCCAUCGGUGACACCAGCAUGUGGGAUUAACAAUGCAUCCACUAACUCAUCUUAUGGUCUGCGCUGUACUCCUGAUAGGAGACAAAGAGAAGCUGCAGCUCGUCUUGGAGAAACACAGAUACCUGCACAGUUCUCAACCCCUAAAAGUCACAAGUCUUUACUUGCUCCUGGUAUACCAACUUAUGAGGUUGAGCUAGAAAUGCAAGCAUCAGGCCUGCCAAAACUUCGCUUUAAACGUACGGACUCCGGUUCCACAGUUGAUAUGGAGACAGGUAAUAGAACAGAGUCUCCACUUGUAACUAGGAAAUGGAAAGGUGUAGAAAGCCCUUUUAGUGAGAAAUGGUGUAGUAAACAUACAACAAAACUGGAAUCUUCUUGUGUUUCUCCUUCAUUCUUGCGUUCUCAUGCUACACCUGGAAAAUGCAGCCACCAGACCCAUAUUUGUCUGUCAUAUACUCCAAACAGGUGCACUUCUUACACUUCCUCUCCAUCGCAAAUAGAUGUUGGGGUUCCUUGGACACCGUCCCCGAAAUUUAAGGAAAAAAAUGGUAGCGAUGCAAUUAAUAAUUGGCCCAGGAGGAAAAAAGCAUCGGCUUUAAAUUGUGUUUUAAAAGGAGAAAAAAAUCAAGAAUAUGCCGAUCUUCAUUCAAUUGAGGAAGAUGUUGGAGUUCUUUCAAAGCAGGAGGCUAGUAAAUCUUCAUCUUUGGAAGAUUUUGAACUUGAAGGGGUUUCAAAACUUCAGGAGAAAUCUCCCGUGCUGCAGUGGCAAGGUGACACUAGGGCAUUUAGACUUAAUUCAAGAAAAAGAAGCCUAGGAUUUCUAUCACCCACUAAAGAGACUCCACAAUCUAAGAGGCAGUGCAUCAUAAGUAAGGAGCGUAAUCUGGUCAGUGAGAGAAAUCAGUUGAUGGAUACAAUAGAAAUAAGCAGUCCAUGCCAAAGGUUAUCUUCAAACCAAAGCUCAUCACAGCAAAGUUCAUGUGAUGAUGACGUCUUCAGUAAUUCAGGUUUUACACCGCCCAACAAAGUACUGAAAAAUCCCCUGUCAACAAGUGCUCUUCUGACACUUACCCAGUCCCCAAUGCUGUACCAGGGCAAGACACCUUUAUCCAAGAGAAAGAUGAUGCAUGAUGUUGAAUCAGAGCAAAGUACGCCUAAACUGAAAAGACCAGCGCUUCCAUCAUCGGAUUCGGAUGACUCUCCUUUCGUUAAAGGAGUUCCUGUUCGCACAAGCAAUAGAAUCUACAGUCGCAAGAAAUUAAUCCCCUAGUUAUUGUUUUCUGUGAGGGUCUUUGCCUAUAUUUUGAUAGGCUUAUAAAUUAUUUGAUUGCAAACUCUUAUAACGGAUUCAUUCGCUUUGUGUAAUGUGUACACCAAACCUUUUUGCCAUAUAUGGCUUCUCCAGUUAGACCUACCAAUACAAUAUCUAGAAUUCAAGUGGAAUGCAAUUGUAAGCUGCUGAUGAUACUUUAUACACUAUGAGAUCACAGACACUUUAUUCCCAUGUGCUGUUUUACUGCAUGGGUGCUGUGUUCUUUUAUAAACCGUGUUUAAAUCUGAAUCCUAAAAUGCUGCUUUCAAAAGGGUUUGUCAUAAGUCAAAUACUAUUCAGUUUGAACUGAUGAUUUUACAUGUGAAUAUUUUUGUUGGGGUUUUUGCUUGUUUAUUCUUCGUGUAAUUCUCUUAUUCUUCAUGUAAUAGCCAUGGUACAAAAUCUCAUUGAUAUUGAAAGGUAAAUGCAUCUGACUAGAAUUACAUUUAGCUUCAGUUAAAAGCAUUGUUUCCCUUCAUCAGUUCCAAAUUUUGAUAUUUCUGGGGCAUCAAAGGAUAAGCUUGGUGAAUAUAUCUGGUUAAUGGUAUCUAGCCCCUGGUUGUUGGAGCCUAAGCUAUUACUUUAUUUCUUGGCUAACAUCUUCAGUAGGUAUAACAGUGUCAGUUAUUCAGGAACAGGUGAUGUUGGGAAUUCAAAGUUUAAGUCAAGAAUUUUAAGAUAUUUUGGUAUAAAAUUGGAAAUUCACUUAACUCCCAACAGUUUCCAUUUUUGUACAUAACACUGAUUUGUCUCUUCCUCCUAAAAGGAGACUUGUUUUUUGUCCAUAGUGUCUCUUAACUAAAAUAUUAUCUUUACUCUUUUUCCAUGGGAGAAAACUACCUCUUGGUAGUUUUCUUCAAGCUUUUUUAACACAAUUACUGUGAACACAGUAGAAAAGAUUUUGUGGUUGGAUGUAAAUAAUUCAAAUUGAUGAAUUUAAUGUGCGUGCUGGUCUGUUUGUGCUUACUAUUCUAUUUGUACAGAAAAUUAGACAUAUUUGAAUGUUAAAACGUACAGAUUUUGCUAAAGACUUAAACAUUAUUUUAUGAUGUACUUUAUAAUAAACUGCAGUUUCAAUA